UUUGAUUGACAAAAGCAGGUGCAGCAGCAACAGCUACGUUUUAAAUGCAACACUGCAAGUCAUCCUUUACAAAUGUUGUUGUCGGUAUCUUAGUGCUAAUGUAUAUGGUGCAUUAUAACGAGUGCACAACUGUGUGACCAGUAGGCGUGGAUUUUCAGCUGACAUACGUUUGAAGCGAGGAUGAGUAUCGAGGUGGAAAGGAAGUUUUUGUGCAGUGCAGACACGCUGAAAAUCCUGCAAGAAAUUGGAGUUUGUGCCUGUCAGCGCCAGUUUCACGACCAGUACUUUGACACACCACAAUUUCACCUCACUUUAAGAGACGUGUGGCUGCGCAAACGCAAAGGAUGCUGGGAGCUGAAGUGUCCGGUUGCAAGAGUGACAGGAGCGGAGGAGACACAAUCUGAAGCAUCCGCGCUAUGUAGUCGCUACAAAGAGAUAACCAAUUUAAGGGAUAUUAAGAUGAAGCUGAUGGAGGUAUUAAAGGAUAUUUGCAAAGAUGUGACCAGCCUGGAACAGACGUCCUGCUGUGUGACUGAGAGCUGUCGACAUGAGAUGGACUCUGAACAAGACAAGUGUUGGGUGAGAAGCAUGAAUCUUGUCAUCUUUGCAGAGUUUACCACAGUGAGGUGGACGUUCACUUUAGAAGAGGAUGGCGUGCAGGUAGAUCUCGAUGAAGCAGAUUUUGGCUACCGUGUGGGAGAGAUAGAGGUCCUCAUACCAGAGGGAGGAGAUAUGCGGGCCGCCUUGGACAAGAUUGAAAGAACAGCAAAGAAACUUGGUUUGACUGGAGAUCAGCGCAUUGAUGGGAAAAUGUCUGUUUAUCUUAAAAUAAACCACCCAGAGCACUACGAAAGACUAAUGAGGGAACACAUUUUGUGAAAGACUCAUCACGCUUUCAUACUGGUUGUCUUCAACGAGGGUCCUUGUCCAAUCCAGCUCAGAUGAGGGAAGAGCAUUCCUUUUCAAUGCAAUUAAGUGGAUAUAUUGUUCCUUUGCCAGGCAACACCAGCACCCGUUGGGGGAACCUUACCUGUGACAAUACAAUCAAUGCAACAAGGUAGUUAGCAGCACGGGAAUUGUUUAUCGUAUUAUUUAUCAAUAAAUUAGGAAGAAGCCAUUAAAUGUACACAGACUUUG